AUGCAGUCAAUCAGCACCCUCCUCCUCCUCCUCCUCCCCCUAGCGCUCGCACUCCCGUCGCCACAGGAUGCGUCAACAGUCGAGCCGAACGCGUGCACGACGACAUGCGCCAGCGACUUCGCCUGCGUCGACUCGUACCCGGAGUCGUGCAUCUGCUGGAACCAAGUGAUCGCCGACUGCGCGGCGAAGUGCGGUCAGGCCCCGGCGCCGACGGCAGACGACUGCAGCGUCAAGCGGGCUGUCGGGUGCCAGUCGAAUUGUGUGGGCAAAUACGCGUGCCUCCAGGUCUGGCCGCAGAGCUGCUACUGCGAGAACGCCAUCAAGACCCAGUGUGCGGCCGAAUGCGGAGGCACGCCGACGCUGGCUACUUGCCCGCCGCUGGCUGCCGAGUCAUAG